UUUGAGAUAGUCAAUAACCUGAAUUGUUAAGAAUGCCCACUGCUACGUACGUUCCGUUACCUCAGGGAGCUGGUUAUGCUGUUGUUGUUGGAUUAGGUGCUGUUUUUGCAGCUAUCAUGGUAGCUACAACUUUUUGCUUGAAACGUUAUAAUAAGGAAAUCAUGACUUCGGAAAAUUUCUCGACUGCUGGUAGAUCGGUGAAUACUUUUUUGAUGUCUGCUGCCGUGGUGAGUUCUUGGACUUGGGCUGCCACUUUGUUGACCUCGACCGUUCAAACUUAUAAUAAUGGUGUUUGUGGGGCAUAUUACUAUGCUGCUGGGGCUACUGUUCAAAUUAUUCUUUUCUCGUGUUUGGCAAUCAAGGGUAAAGAAAGAGCCCCUGCUGCUCAUACUUAUUUAGAAAUAGUUAAAUCUCGUUAUGGCAAAGUUACUCAUUGUGUCUUCAUUUUUUGGGGGUUGGCAUGUAAUAUCUUGGUUACUGCCAUGUUAUUGAGUGGUGGUUCUGCAGUUGUUAAUGAUUUAACUGGUAUGAAUAUCGUAGCUGCUUGUCUUUUAUUACCUUUGGGUGUUGUUGUUUAUACUUUAUUCGGUGGUAUUAAAGCUACUUUUCUUACUGAUUAUGCUCAUACCGUGGUAAUCAUUGUUAUUUUGAUGGUUUUUGGUUUCACCGCUUUUGCUACCUCUUCUUCUUUGGGUUCUCCAGGAGCUGUUUGGGAUGCUGUUUCUGAGUUGGCUAAAACUAACCCAAGAGAUGGUAACGCCGAUGGUUCUUAUUUAACGAUGCAUUCAAGGUCGGGUGGGAUUUUCUUUGUCAUUAAUAUCGUUGGUAAUUUCGGUACUGUCUUUUUAGAUAAUGGUUAUUUCAAUAAAGCUUUUGCUGCUAACCCGGCCUCAACCAUGCCUGGUUAUGUCUUGGGGGGUCUUGCCUGGUUUGCCAUUCCAAUGUUUUGUGCUACCACUUUGGGUCUUUCUGCUUUAGCUUUAGAAUCUACUCCUUCCUGGCCUACUUAUCCAAAUAAAAUGACUUCUGCUGAAGUUAGUGCUGGUCUUGUUUUACCAAAUGCUGCCACUGCAUUAUUAGGUACUGGUGGUGCUGUUUGUUCUUUACUAUUGAUUUUCAUGGCAGUCACUUCUGCUAUGUCUGCAGAAUUAAUUGCAGUUUCCACCAUUUCUUCUUAUGAUAUUUACAGAACCUAUAUCAAUCCAAAAGCUAAUGGUAAACAAGUUAUCUUUGUUUCCCAUGUUUCUGUUAUCAUUUUUGCAUAUGUAAUGGCUGGUUUUGCCAUUGGUUUAUAUUAUGCUGGUAUCUCAAUGGGUUAUUUAUACGAAUUAAUGGGUAUCAUUAUUGGUGGUGCAGUCUUACCUGCUGCUUUAACCCUUUUAUCUCGUAAACAAAAUUUCUGGGCUGCUACUUUAACUCCUCCUAUUUCAACUGCUUUGGCUAUCAUGUCUUGGUUGGUUUGUACUAAAAAGAAAUUUGGUGAAAUCACUAUUGAAACUACUUUUGAAGAUGAUGCUAUGUUAACUGGUAAUAUAGUGGCUCUUUUAUCUCCUUUAGUUCUUAUUCCUUUGUUGACUUUGAUUUUUAAACCUCAAAACUUUGAUUGGGAAGUCAUGAAAGAUAUUGAACGUGUGGAUGAAGAAGACGAAUUAAAAGAAGCUGAACAUCUUAAAGAUACUGAAAAAGAUCAUGUUCAUCCAGUCAAAUCUCAAGUUUCAGUGGCUGCUACUGAAAUUGCGGUAACUCAAAAAGGUCAAUUUGAAAAAGAUCAGAAAAACUUACAUCAAUCUUUCAAAAUUGCUGCUACAAUUUGUAUUGUCUUAGCUUUAUGUUUUAUUAUUUUAUGGCCAAUGCCAAUGUAUGGGUCCAGUUAUGUUUUCUCAAAAAGAUUUUUCACCGGUUGGAUUGUUGUUUUAUUCAUCUGGAUCUUUUUUUCAUCUUUCGUGGUUGUGAUUGGUCCUUUAGUCCAAGGUAGAGAUGCUAUGUUCUAUACCUUUAGAGGUAUUUACUGGGAUAUGACUGGCCAAUCUUGGAAAUUAAGAGAAUGGCAAAAUGCCAACCCUGAAAAGUUACAUGCUGUUCAAUCUCAAGUAAGUGCUCAAUUAUCUAAAUCUUUCAAUGGACAUGUGGUUGACGGUAAAAUACCCGGUAAUGAUGGGUAUAUAACUCCAGCAAGACAUAUAGAUGAAGAACUAGAAGACAUCAAGAAAGAUGAGCAGUAACCCGUCUUCUUCUCCCCGCG